CUCCUCGUCCUCCUCCGGUGCCGGUCCUCUCCCCGCGGGCCCGGCCGGGCCAUGGGCCCCUCCCGCAGCCGAGCCGGGCCCCACCGCCUCCCGCCCCUCCUCCUCCCCCUCCUCCUCCUCCUCCUGUUGUCCCGCCUCGCCCUGGGGACCAGGAGCGGCCCAGAUGUAGAUGAGUGCGUGGAGGGCACCGACAACUGCCACAUUGAUGCCAUCUGCCAGAACACACCCCGGGCCUACCGAUGUCUCUGCAAGUCUGGGUACAGCGGGGAUGGCAAGCAUUGUCGAGACGUGGACGAGUGUGAACGGGACGACAACGCGGGCUGCGUGCACGAUUGUGUCAACAUCCCUGGCAACUACCGCUGCACCUGCUACGAUGGCUUCCGCCUGGCGCACGAUGGGCACAACUGCCUGGAUGUGGACGAGUGUGCGGAGGGCAACGGAGGCUGCCAGCAGAGCUGUGUGAAUGUCAUGGGCAGCUACGAGUGCCGCUGUCGGGACGGCUUCUUCCUCAGUGACAACCAGCACACUUGCAUCCAGCGCCCUGAGGAAGGCAUGAACUGCAUGAACAAGAACCACGGGUGUGCCCACAUCUGCCGCGAGACCCCCAGGGGCAGCAUCGCCUGCGAGUGCCGGCCCGGUUUCGAGCUCACCCGGAACCAGCGGGAUUGCAAACUGACGUGUAACUACGGCAACGGCGGCUGCCAGCACACGUGCGACGAUACGGAUCAGGGGCCCAAGUGUGGCUGCCACGUCCGGUUCGCCCUCCACACCGAUGGAAAGACGUGCAUCGAGACGUGCGCCAUCAACAACGGGGGCUGCGACAGCAAGUGUCACGCCGCCGCCACGGGAGUCCACUGCAGCUGCCCCGUGGGCUUCAUGUUGCAACUCGACAGGAAAACCUGCAAAGACAUUGAUGAGUGCCGCCAGAACAACGGCGGCUGCGACCACGUCUGCCGCAACACGGUGGGUAGCUUCGAGUGCGGCUGCAGGAAAGGCUACAAGCUGCUCAUCAACGAGAGGAGCUGCCAAGACAUUGAUGAGUGCUCCUUCGACCGCACGUGUGACCACGUCUGCGUCAACACUCCCGGCAGCUUCCAGUGUCUGUGCCACCGGGGCUACUUGCUCUACGGCCUCACCCACUGCGGGGAUGUGGAUGAGUGCAGUAUGAACCAUGGCGGUUGCCGCUUCGGCUGCCUCAACGCCCCUGGGAGUUUUCAGUGCACCUGCCCCCCUGGCUGUCACCUGCGCUGGAAUGGGAAGGACUGUACCGAGCUGGUGAAGUGCCCCGGCGCCCCUGGGCCCUCCAGAGCCACACUCAGCUGCAGCCGAACGGGCAAGAAGGACACCUGUGCCCUGAGCUGCCCGUCCCAUUCCCGCUUCGUGCCAGAAACCGAGCAUAGCUACACAGUGAGCUGUGGGACCCCCAGCCCCCGAACAUCCCCGGGACCCUCCGCCAGAGGUAACAGCAGCAGCAGCGGCAGCGGCGGCGGCAGUAGCGGUGGCGGCAACGGCAAUCCACAGCACUGUGCCGAGCCGGCGGUUCUGCCUGUCAGACAGCGGGCCUCCUUCAAGAUCAAGGAUGCCAAGUGCCAGCUGCACCCACGCGGCAGGGGCAAGCAGGAUGAAGCGGGCCGAGCCCAGGAGCAAGGGGGGGCUCCCGGCUCCGACUGCCACGUUACCUUCAUCCAUCUUAAGUGUGACACGUCCCGGAAGGGGCGAGGGGGGGGGCGGCGCACCCGGACCCUCCCCGGCAAGGAGGUGACUCGUCUGACCCUGGAAUUGGAGGCUGAGGUCAAAGCGGAGGAGGUCACAGCGGGCUGCGGGCUGCCCUGUCUGCGGCAGCGCCUGGAGCGCAGGCUGAAGGGGCUGUUGAAGACGGUCCGCAAGUCGGCCACCCAGGACCGCUUCCUGCUGCGCCUCGCCGGCCUGGACUAUGAGGUGGCUCACAGGCCGGGCACGGCCAGGGAACGGGCCGAAGCCUGCGGGCCUGGGCAGCAUCGUGUCGGGGGCAAGUGUGUCAGCUGCCCGCAGGGAACCUAUUCCCACGGCCCGACGGGGCAGUGUGCGCCCUGCCCGCCGGGCACCUUCCAGGAGAAGGAGGGGCAGCUAGCCUGCGACCUGUGCCCCGGGAGUGAUGCCCACGGUCCCCCAGGGGCCACCAACAUGACCGCCUGCACAGGUCAGUGCCCUCCCGGGCAGCAUUCAGCAGACGGGUUCAGACCAUGCCAGCCGUGCCCCCGGGGCACUUACCAGCCUGAGGCAGGACGGGCGUUCUGCUUCCCCUGCGGUGGGGGCCUCGCCACCCGGCACGAGGGAGCACUAUCCUUCCAGGACUGUGACACGAAAGUCCAGUGCUCACCCGGUCACUACUACAACACGAGCAUCCACCGCUGUAUCCGCUGCCCCCUGGGCACCUACCAGCCGGAUUUCCGCCAGAACUUCUGCACCCGCUGCCCGGGGGGUACCAGCACCGACUUUGAUGGCUCCACCAGCGUGGCCCAGUGCAAGAAUCGCCAGUGUGGAGGGCAGCUGGGCGAAUUCACCGGCUACAUCGAGUCACCCAACUACCCCGGCCAGUAUCCUGCUGGCAUUGAGUGCGUCUGGAGCAUCCACCCGCCGCCCAAGCGCAGGAUCCUCGUCGUGGUGCCCGAGAUCUUCCUCCCUCCCGAGGAUGAGUGCGGCGACGUGCUCGUCAUGCGCAAGAACUCCUCCCCGUCAUCAAUCACCACCUACGAGACCUGUCAGAGCUACGAGCGUCCCAUCGCCUUCACGGCCCGCUCCCGCAAACUCUGGAUCAACUUCAAAACCAGCGAGGCCAACAGUGCCCGCGGCUUCCAGAUCCCUUACGUGACUUACGAUGAGGACUACGAGCAGCUGGUGGAGGACAUCGUGCGGGACGGGCGACUCUAUGCCUCGGAAAACCACCAGGAGAUUCUAAAGGACAAGAAGCUGAUCCAGGCGUUCUUCGAGGUGCUGGCUCACCCGCACAACUACUUUAAAUACACGGAGAAGCACAAGGAGAUGCUGCCCCGUUCCUUCAUCAAGCUGCUGCGAUCCAAGGUGUCCAGCUUCCUGCGGCCGUACAAAUAGCCCCUGCCCCUUCCCACCCCAGCCUCGCGCUCGGGGCCCUCCGGCUCUCCCCUCCCCAUGGCCUCGGACCCCCUCCUCCUCUCUGCAGACUGCACCCUCCCUCGACUCCAUUUCUGCCAGACUCUAGCUCUGCCUCCUUCUGUCUUCCCACCUCUUUCCUGCUGGCCUCGGGUAGGGAGGGAGAGAGGAAGUGAAAGAGCCCAGGCAGGGCUCUGGCCUGUGGACUGCAGCCUGUGGCCCCCCAAUCUUGGCUUUUCGGGGGUCCUGGGGGCCGGGAGAGGAUUUCCCACCGGGGGCCUCUGCUGAAGGUGAGAUGUCAACAAGGCGGGGGCACUGCCGGGGGUCCUGUUGCCCACCCCCACUCCCUGCCUCAGCCUCCUCUCACCUCCAGCCAGGUCUGUGGGGGAUCGGUCUGGCUCU